UUUAGGGUUUUGUGUUUUUUCUCGUUGGCGUGAUAUAUUUCCCCCCAAAUUUUAAAAAAAAAAACCUUUUUAUUCUCAUUUAAGUGGAAUAUCAGGAGCUAAUCUGAGGGGUCGCCGGCUUCGUUUGAUCGUCUGUGUUUUUGUUGAUUAUUGAAGGGAAAGGGGUGCCCUUUUACUGUGGGAUUGGUUGCCUGUACUUUUUCUUAGCUGGGGGAUCUUAUUGAGCUGUUCUGAUUGAAUUAGUGAAGGAGAGGAAGGUUCCUUUGUUGGCAAUUAGGGUUUUUCCAGCUCGAUUAGGCGAUUCGAGGAAAACCCAUUAUCCCCUUAAGAUCGUUAUUGAAAAUUUCCGGUCUUUAGUCUGUGAAUUGGAGGGAAUGGGGAAGCCAACAACUAAGAAGAAGAAGCAGUCCAGUGCCAAAACAAGCGAUCACAACGCGAAGGUGUUCGAUGAAGACACGUCGAUCUUUAUCGACAUGUCUCAUGACAUUAGAGAAGAAGGCAACAGGUUAUUUCAGAAGAGAGAUUAUGAAGGCGCCAUUCUCAAAUACGAAAAGGCCAUUAAGCUCCUCCCACAGAAUCAUAUUGAUGUCGCCUAUCUACGGAGCAAUCUCGCUGCUUGUUAUAUGCAAAUGGGUCCUGGAGAGUACCAACAAGCAAUCAAUGAGUGUAAUCUAGCCCUGGAACUCUCCCCCAAGUACACGAAAGCUCUUUUGAAGAGGGCGAGGUGUUAUGAAUUUUUGGAUCAAUGGGAGUUGGCUUUUAGAGAUGUCAGUUCAGUCUUGGCCUUGGAGUCAAAUAAUCUCACGGCUUUGGAGAUUUCAGAGAGAAUCAAGAAAGAGAUGGAGCAGAAGGGAAUCAAGUUAGAUGAUAAGGAAAUUGUUUUGCCUCCACAGGUUCCGAUUGUCAGGGAAAAGGUGGUUAAGGAGAAAAAUAGGAAAAAGAAAAGUCGUAAAGGAGAAGAGAAAGUGAUUGAGGAGGUGAGGAAGUGUGAUAAUAGUAAUGAUAACGGUGUUAAGAAGGAAGAAGAACCGAUGAGGGGUGUGAAGCUGGUCUUUGGUGAGGAUAUAAGGUUUGCUCAAAUACCCGCAAAUUGUAGUGUAGCACAAUUGAGGGAGAUUGUUAGGAACAGAUUUCCGAGCUUAAAGUCUGUGCUUAUAAAGUUUAAGGAUAAGGAAGGUGAUUUGUUGACAAUUACUACAUCAGAAGAGCUGAGAUGGGCUGAAGAGUCUGGAGAUCCUCUUGGUUCUGUUAGGCUUUAUAUUGCAGAAGUUGAUCCAGAGCAUGAGCCAUUGUUUGAGGAAGCAAGCAAAGGAUCUGAAAUGCAAGGGUCAGAGAGGAAUUUGAACGGUUUCUCUGAAAAUGGGAGCGUAAAACAUGAUCAGGAGAGUGCCACUGCAACUUGUAUCGAUAAUUGGAUCAUUCAGUUUGCUGAAGUGUUCAAGAACCAUGUGGGUUUCAAUUCUGAUGCUUGUCUAGAUCUUCAUGAGCUUGGAAUGAAGCUUUACUCCGAAGCUAUGGAGGAUGCAGUUACAAGCGAAGGAGCUCAGGAGAUAUUCGACACUGCUGAGGUGAAGUUUCAGGAGAUGGCAGCUCUUGCCUUGUUUAACUGGGGAAAUGUCCACAUGUCUCGGGCUAGAAAGAGGCUGUUUUUACCCGAAGGUGCGUCCAAAGAUACCAUUCUUGAAAAUGUCAAGUCAGCUUAUGAAUGGGCUCAAGGAGAGUAUAUAAAAGCUGGAAAGAGAUACGAAGAGGCUUUAAAGAUCAAGCCAGACUUUUAUGAAGGAUUUCUUGCACUUGGACAACAACAAUUUGAACAAGCAAAGCUCUCAUGGUAUUAUGCUAUUGGGAGCAAGGUUGAUUUAGAUACUUGGUCACCAAAUGAAGUUUCGGAGCUUUUCAAUAAUGCUGAGGAUAACAUGGAGAGAGGUACCGAGAUAUGGGAGGAGAUGGAGGAGGAGCGAUUGAAGAAUCUCUCCAAACCCAAUAAGGAGAAAUUACUUUUGGAGAAAAUGGGUUUGGAUGCACUUUUUAAAGACCUAUCUAAUGAUGAAGCUGCUGAACAAGCUUCAAGCAUGCGGUCACAGAUAAAUCUUUUGUGGGGAGCUAUGCUUUAUGAACGAUCAGUUGUAGAGUUCAAAUUAGGGCUUCCAGUAUGGGAAGAUUGUCUUAUGGCAGCUGUGGAAAAGUUUAAGCUUGCAGGAGCUUCACCGACUGAUCUUGCUGUUAUGAUAAAGAAUCAUAUCGCCAAUGAAACUACCCAAGAAGGUUUGGGCUUCAAAAUUGAAGAAAUAGUUCAGGCUUGGCAUGAAAUGUAUGAUGCUAAAAGGUGGAUGAAUGGCGUUCCAUCUUUCAGGCUGGAACCAUUAUUUCGGCGGCGAGUGCCAAAACUACAUCAUUUAUUGGAGCACAUGUGAUUUAUAUAGUGUAUGGAGAUUUAUUGUUUUACAUCGUCGUUGAAGGGGCACAUGCUGCUGAUCGUUUAGGUAGGUGUUACAUUUGCUCUUUUAGAGAAUAGCAGGAAUCUGUUUGGAUUUUAUAGAUUGUAGAAGUGUGUUACCAUAUAUCAUUCUUGGCUCGCAUUGGGGUUGGAGAAACUUAUGCGGCAUUGCUAUUUUUCUUUCCUUCUAUUUGUUGUUUAUAUACAGAUCUGAAUUUAGUUUCUCUCUCUCUUUUUUAACCCUUGUUUUGGAGGUCAAAACAAGAUUGGGCUUGAAAUUUUUUAUUAUUUUUUUUUUCUUGUACUUGGCUUGAGUAGCGAUUGUUGUUUUUCUUGUCAUCGUCAUGAUGGAUACUGGUAUCAAGAUUGUAAUGUUACUAGUGUUUGUAACUCAUCCAUUUUCUUAUGAUUGAAGAAACAAAAAGAAACUUUGUGAUGCAUCCA